AUGUCUGAUAUAAAUUCGUAUAGAGAUCCUUCACAUGCCAAUCAUAAUAUUAGUCAAACCGAAUUAGAAGCAUAUCUAUCAAGGUCUGGAGACUUAAAUACUAUCAAAUCGUUGUUUGCAAUAUUAUUGAAUAAAAUAGACUUCCAUCAAAGUGGAUCAAAUAUAAAAGAGCCCUUAAAACUUAUAGUUAAUAAGUUAAUUGACGAAGUCUAUGAGUCACAGCUAAAUGAUGGGUCAGAGGAAACUCGAGUAUCAGUCGAAAAUUCAGUCGCGAGUCCACAGCAUAUUCAAGAAACUUUUCAAUCGUUGACGAGUAUGGUAGAAAAAAGAAGGGAAAGCUUAAACAGCAGAAUAAAAGUAAACAAAAAUCGAGCAGCAUUAAGUCUAGCUUCCUCACCUGAAGCUUCUCAAAGGCAGAGAAGUAAGGAUAUUCACAAUUCAAUAAGCCGAAUUGAGCUUUCAAAAUCAAAGCAGCUUGCAUCACAUUUUUCCGAGUUCAGCAGCAUCGUUGGGCACAGCAGUUUUAACACAGCAAAAAGAAAACUUCUUGACGUUGAAGUUUCAAGCCCAGGUCCAGCUGCUUAUACAAUCAAUGAGGAUAAAAUCAGGACCCAAUCUCCCCGAGCUGUGAUUCCCUCCAAUAGCAAGCGGUACUCAUACCUAAGUGAAUCAUCAUCCCCUGGCCCCAGUUAUUACUACCCUUCGCGCCACUUCAUGGCUAAGUAUAGUGUGGGCAGCCUAACGCCUUGCCUCCUUAUAAACUUGGAGGAUUGACUCAUCAUUUGAAAGUGGGAGCCAACUCCAAGUUGACAAAGCUAGACCCUUAUGCCUGUAUUUGUCAACUUGAAGUCGAAUCGUCACCUUCAAGUUGCUAACUUCUCCCCUCCGUGAGCGAAAAUUAUUUUUGGUCAAAACCCACCCUCGUGAUCAAAUAAAUUUUUUUCUAAUAGAAAUUUUAUAUAUAGUUAUAUAUAUUUAUACAAACAACGAGAAUGAUAUUGAAAAAUAAUGAUUAUAAGGUUUGUUUUAUAUAUUACUCAAAGGGUUAAAUAAAAGAAUACCAUGUGUAAAAAGGUAAGUUUGACAAUUUUAAUUUUAAAUACUAAAAAGACUAAUAUAAUCCCUUGGCUAAAUUUCUUAUGGCCGAUAUGCACGCCAUUUUCAUAUGAAAUUUCAAAUUAUGAAUUUGCCGCACUAAAAUCUGCGUUUUGAAACGUAUAUUUGGUUUCUGCAUACCAAAUUCAAAAUGGCAUGCAUAUGCAUGAUAAGAAUAAAUGCAACCCAUCAUAGAAGAAAUUGACUAGAUUAACUUCUUUAUAUUAAACUCGAUUGAUGAAAAUCUUUGGAUGAUUAAUGCCAUAAGAUUCCGCUAGCUAAAUGACUUUCUAACAAGCUGAGGGUUAUAAAAUCCCAUGCCUUUGAAACAGUGCUAAUCAUGGCAGGCGAUCGAGGGCUGUGAGGUAUUAAGUUCUUUUCGAUCUUCUUUUAACCUGCUCUGUUUGGAAGUUGAUUCUGAAUUCUGUUGUUUUUGACUUGAAAUUCGCAAUUACUAGUGCUUCAAGUGCUUUCAAAAAUUUGAGCUUCCCCUAGGGAUCAAAAUGUUCGUUGCAUCUAAAUCUGAAAUUGUAUAAAAAAUCACAAUAGUUUUAUGACUAUCAACCUGAUCACACAUCAGCAAUUGGUUUUCUCUUCUCUAUUUUGUUCUGAGGUAGUCAUUCAGAUAUGUAACCAGAUUUAUUUGAUUUAUGAGAUGCUUUCUGGAAUAUUCAGUCUUUCUCUCACACUGUUUUUGUGAUUUGACCAUUUUUUCUCUUACUCCCACCAUUUUAAUAACGAACAAAACCGUCAUUUUUUUUUCCUAACUCCCCCCCCAUCCUUGAUCGAACGAUUGACUGUAAAAAUUCCUAAAAAUUGGGGAAAUUAAUUAACCCCCAUCCUUGAUCGAACGAUUUUCAUAUCAUGCAAAUUUUUAUAUAUAUAAAAAAUAUUAGUUAUCAAAUGCUUUGGAAGAUGUGCCUAAUGAAGUUUUUUUCAGAGCUUUGAGACGACAGAAAGCUGCGAAAUCAAUCAACCAUCCGAAGUGAUUUAGACAUCAACAUAGGCUUAAAAGCUCAAUAAUCUAAAAAAUAGAGAUUCUUUAAAAUUUUAAAAAAAUAUUUAAUUUAAAUUAAAAUUUAUACAGUUUAAAAGGGUAAUUAAUAAAUCAAAAUAUUAAAAAUUGGUAUUUUUAUGAAAUUAAUUCAAUUUUUGGCUGUAAAAAAUAAUUAUUAAAUACUCUUAACCCUCUUAUUUAAAGUAAAUAAAAAAAAUCUAUAUAUAUCUUUUUCAUUUUAUAUAUAAAAUUUUUUUUAACCCCCAUCCUUGAUCGAACGAUGGCGAGUCGUUCGAUCAAGGAUGGGGGGGGAGUAAAAAUUUUUCCUUAGGCCCCAUUUAAUAACGAACAAAAUUUACUAUAAAGUUUAUAUAAGCUAAUUUAGUCUUUAUAGUUUACUAAUUUUAAGUAGUUAGAAUAAGAUAAGGACAAAUAUAAUCGAGCAAAGAAUAAUAAAUAAGAGCUAAUAAGCUAAUAGUGGCUUAAUCUUAAGCUGGUGCUUUACUCCCCCGCUCCGUGAGUGAACAAAAAAAAUCUCGUUCGCUUACGAAGGGGUAAUUUUUUUGUAAAAAUUUUUUUUAUAAAUUUUAUAGAAAAUUAUUUUCGAAAUUUAAAAAAAUCCUAAUUCGCAAAAAUUGGAUAGCAAAUAUUAAUUGAAUUUGUAGAAUUUAUGUUUUAAAAACGUAAUUUGUUUAAAAUUAAAAAGAAUUAGCUCCAGAUUUCAUUAUAAUAAUUAUCAUUUAUAAAUCAAAAUUUUUUCCAUAAAAAAUUUUUCUAUUAAAACAUUUUAUUCGCUAACGGAGGGUGAGGGAUUUUUCUAAUGGUUUUGUUCGCUCACGGAGGGGUGGGGAGUUAGCAAUAGUUAUCUUUUCGCUUUCAUUUAGGCGCUUUCUCUUUCUGUUGCCAUCAUUUGAAUCCUUUUAUUAUUAACUCUUUAAUUGAAAUUUUUAUAUAAAAAAUUCAUAGAUAUUUAAUAUAAAUUUUAUGUAUAUUUUUUUUCUAAAAAAAUUUUAUAUAAGUUAGACCCCAUUUAAUAACGAACAAAAAAAGUGUUCGUUAUUAAAUGGGGGAGAGUUAGAAAAUGAGCAACAAGGCAUCUUUUAUCCAUUACUCUAAUCAUAAGUAUAAAAGUGAUAGAAUGGUUCAUUUUAGUGGAUUGAACACCUAAAAUUCGUUGAUUUCCCUUGAAAUCAUUAGUAAACUUGCUUUUAGCAUCUCAAUCAAAUCUCGUUUCGUCGAAAUUGCAAUUGAGGUAUUAAUUUUGCGGUAAGAUAAAUUAUUUCUGGUCCUAAACCCUUACCAUGUUUAUCACCACAGCCGAAUCGAGCCAAUCCCAUUCGGCCGCCAAACCUUUGGUUUCUCUUCAAUCGUUGACCUGAGAAUCUGAAUACCUUGCUCAAGAAUUGCAGUAAGCCAAUGAACUAGUUCUCUCUCUAAACUCUGGGAAUUGAUUGUAUUUUCUCUUUUAAAUUUUUAUCAGAUUUUAUUAAUUUCUUCAACUCAUCAAUCUUACUCACCCAUUCGGAAAUCGAGUAAAUAGAGUUGACAUGAAACUUUGCAGCAGCAUCUCUCAUACUUUCUUUUUUCUUAAACUUUUUUGGGGGAAAAUUCCCUUUCUCACCCUACAAAAAUUAUUUUUUUAUAAUUAAAAAAAAUUAACCCCAUUAGCGAACAAAAUUUUUUUGUUAGCUCAUGGAGGGGGAGUGGGGAGAUAGAAGCGUUAAGACACACUAAAAGCGCGCCUAAGCUAUAUUAA